AAGUACAGAAGGGCUCAGCAGGGAUGUGUGUGUGAAAGUCUGUUGGGAUCUCGCCUCUGCUCUACAUAACAUGAGUGGGACCUAUGAAAAGAAGAUGGCCGUGUUAACUGACUUGAGCACAUCUUUGAGUUGCCAUUCUGUGUCCAAGGACUCACCCACUCUCCCAGAAUCCACUGCCACAGACAUGGGUUACUACAGUGGUCCAUUGGCUGGUGGCCAACAUGACUACUACCAGAGUCAGUCAUAUUCACAGUCGCUCAAUCCUUACAACUACCACCACCAUCCCCAAUUCAACCUGAGUGGACUGGUGGGAGCAGAAAGCUUCAUGCCCAAGGAUGAAUAUCAGUAUGGAGGUGGAUACCGUCCAUAUGGACAUUAUCGAGAGGCUCCAGCUCCAGAGACAGUGUCAAUAAAGGAGGAGCCGGAAACUGAGGUACGAAUGGUUAAUGGGAAGCCGAAAAAGAUCAGAAAACCAAGAACCAUCUACUCUAGUUACCAGUUGGCAGCUCUGCAGAGGCGUUUCCAAAAGGCCCAGUAUUUGGCACUGCCUGAGAGAGCAGAACUUGCGGCUCAGUUGGGACUUACACAAACACAGGUGAAGAUUUGGUUCCAGAACCGAAGGUCAAAGUUCAAGAAACUUUAUAAAAAUGGUGAAGGACCUGGAUUGGAGCACAGCCCCAAUAACAGUGAUUCAAUGGCUUGCAAUUCUCCUUCAUCCCCACCUCUGUGGGAAAAUAGCAGAAGCCGAACCCCUCAGCAACCGAACCUUCCUCAUUGUACAUCUCCAAGCUAUCUUGAGAACUAUAAUCAAUGGUUUAACCAACAGAACCAAGCUGGACCUCAUCUACAACCUCCUGAUGCCUUGCACCAACCGCCACCUAAUACAGUGUAUUAAUUGGCAAAGACUCUGAAGGUUUCUCAAAUGGGUUAAUUAUCAUAUUACCCACUUUAACCUUAUUAAAGAAUUCUAUAGACUGUGUUUGGGCUACAGACAAAAUAUUUAAGUGGCAUUGGCGGAAAAGACGAAUAAUGUCUGAAAACACAAAUGAUUAUGGAUUUUGCUAAAGAUUUUUGAAGGACAUAUAUCGCCCAAAACAAUAUUUUUGGCACCUCAAAUAAAGCAUGUGAAUGGACAUUGAAUGGAAAGACCUAACGGUGGAUGCCAAAACCAGCACACAUAGAAAAAAUCCUUCUCAUCUCUUAAGUAUCUUACUCGACCAGGUUCCUUUGCUAGAUCAUAAGUACAAAUACGUGUCACAGUGAAGCCCAUAAUUUCCUUGUUUGAGGUGUUCAAUGCAGUGCAAGGCAAGAACAGGUUAGGUAUGUGUCCACAUCGUGCAGUUUUGAUGACCAAGAUAAAUAUCUCUGGAGGCUUUCUCUUCGAUAUUCCAAAUCCUAAGUAGGUCACAUUGAGACUUGGUAGUUUAACGUAUGACCAUACUUUCCUAAUUUGUAAAUAGGACCAUAGACAAAAGACUAAUACUGAGCUCUGCAUUUGCAAGUUUGAGAAGUUGCAAGGCUUUCUGCUCGAGAUGGAAAUUCUCAAUCAUCAAAUCAUCAUCACAUCAAGUCAGGACCUCGGGUUCCACUAAAGAAAGAGAUGCAUUUUUUUUUUUUAACGCCUCCCAUUGUCUUUGAAAUAUUUAAGGAUAGAUUGUGCAGAGAGGGGUUUUAACUUAUUUUUGUAAUAUUUUGGGAAAUGUAUGGAAUUGGAAGAAUCUCUUUCAAGUGUAAGAGGAAGGGGAUCUGAGAAUGUUACUGUAUGACUGCAAAUUAAAAUAUUGUAUUCUACUGGAUAAACAGUAGAUUUUGAAAUGAGUUGUACAUUUUCAUGUAUUAUGUCAGUAUAAGAUUAGAUAAUGAAUGAUAGGUACAUGUGUGUUUUUCUGCAUCUGUUGCUGAGUAAAUUUGGGUAAAUCAUUGUAUUACGCCAUCCAAAUCUUAGAACACUGAGUUGAGUUUUUAGGGCUAAGGGCAUUGAUCAUGGCGGUCGGGAUUACGGUGGUCGGGAUCCCAGUGGUCAGCAUACCGUCACCAGGAUCCUGGAUGCCAGAUUUCUAUGGGUGUUGCUGUGCUGUCAGAUUUACUAAGCUCCAGAUG